CCCGCUUUCCUCUGCCCCCGCCCCCAGCUUCGCGCUGCAGUGCCUUCCCCACCGCGGCCCCGCCCGCCCCCUCCGAGCCGUACUGAGGGCGGCGGCGGCGGCGGCGGCGACUGCUGCUGGAACAGACCAGGAGGAGGAGGCGGAGAGGAUGGCGGCAGCGUCGUGGGCGCGGCGGAGAUGAGUGCUCGCGGCCCCAGGCCCAGGGCGGCGUGGCCGGAGUGGGCGGGGGUCCCGAUGCAGGCCCAAGGGGGGCCAUGGGGCAGGUCCUGCCGGUCUUCGCCCACUGCAGCAGCCUAGACCUCGCCCAAAAUGUCCAACCUUCUGUCCCUGGGAAACAGCCAUCCCUGGGUUGGAGCCAAGACUCCUGGGUCCUUAGUGGACUUUACCACUGAUUAUUAGUAAUCCUGGAGGAGACCCACUCUGUUCAGGGCCUUUGACUCCCAGCCUCCGAUUCUCCAGCUGAGAAAAUGAGUGCCUGCCUCGUGGCCUUUACACUGAGCUUUUCCGUCUGCCUGGAAGACUCUUCUCUAUAUAUCUGCAUGGAUUCCUCACUUCAUUCAGAAGAAGCUCCCUCUACAGCCUCCUCUACCCCUGACUCCACGGAAGGAGGAAACGACGACUCAGAUUUUCGGGAGCUGCAUACAGCCCGGGAAUUCUCGGAGGACGACGAGGAAGAAACCACGUCCCAGGACUGGAGCACCCCCCGGGAGCUGACCUUCUCCUACAUCGCCUUUGACGGCGGCGUGGUGGGCGCCGGGACGCGCCGGGAUUCAGCGGCACGCCGCCCCCGGCCCCAGGGCCGUUCAGUCUCGGAACCGCGAGAUCUGCCCCUGCAACCUGGCCUGGGCGACAGCUUGGAGAGCAUCCCCAGCUUGAGCCAGUCCCCGGAGCCCCGGCGCCGCGGUGACCCUGACACUGCCCCUCGGGCUGAGCGUCCACUAGAGGACCUGGGGCUCCAGCUAGACCAGCUGGGCUGGGUGGCCCCGGGAGCCGGGGAGCCGGAGGACUCUGCCACCAGUAGUUCCACCCCGCUGGAAGACGAGGAGCCCGACGGAUCAGAGGCUGGGAAAGAACUGGACCUACAACUCGGACUCGCUCAGCCCUCCCAGCCCGAAGUCUUGACUGCACAGCCCACUCCUGGCUUUGGGACCCUCCAAACUCAUACUCCAACCCCACCUGAAUCCCGGGAUUCGAACUCUUGGCCUGAUGAGCCCUCGCUGGACGAGAAAGAGGAAGAGCCGUGGGGGCAGCUGGAGCGGGAGCCAAUCACGGGGCAGUGCCUCGAUAGCACGGACCAAUCAGAAUUCACAUUGGAACUACACCUUCUAGUGGUGGACCUGCUGUACUGGAAGGACACGAGGACAUCAGGAGUGAUCUUCACAGGCCUCAUGGUCUCCCUGCUGUGCCUCCUGCACUUUAGCAUCGUGUCUGUGGCAGCCCAUGUCGCCCUGUUGCUGCUCUGUGGCACCAUCUCUCUCAGGGUUUACCGAAAAGUGCUGCAUGCUGUGCAUCGGGGGGACGGUGCCAACCCCUUUCAGGCCUACUUGGACGUGGACCUGACCCUGACUCGGGAACAGACAGAACGUUUGUCCCAGCAGAUUGCCUCUCAAGUGGUCUCUGCAGCUACCCAGCUGCGGCAUUUCUUCCUGGUAGAAGACCUCGUGGACUCCCUCAAGCUGGCCCUUCUAUUCUACAUCUUGACCUUCGUGGGUGCCGUCUUCAAUGGUUUGACUCUUCUCAUUCUGGGAGUGAUUGGUUUAUUCACCGUCCCCUUGCUGUAUCGGCAGCACCAGGCCCAGAUCGACCAGUAUGUGGGAUUGGUGACCAAUCAGUUGAGCCACAUCAAAGCUAAGAUUCGAGCUAAGAUCCCAGGGACCGGAGCCCUUGCCUCAGCAGCAGCUGCAGUCUCCGGAUCCAAAGCCAAAGCUGAAUGAAAAGGGUGUCUCUACCUGCGGGACGCCUGCCCCCACCCCUGCAACCCUCUGCCUUCCGCCACCACCCUUCCAUCCCCGCCCUCUUCCCGCCUCGGCCUGAGCCAUUUUCUGGCGGGUGUCAGGAUCACUCACACCAGAGAGUUUGCGCAAAUUGCCUGAGCGGCCAGGACUACAUUUCCCAUGAGGCUCUGCUCUAGGAGUCCAGGAACGACGAGGCACCUUGGCCACGGGGCCUGCUGGGGCUUGUAGUUGCCUAGCUAGGGCACCCGCCCUGUACUUACGUGACCCCGCCGCUGGAGGCGCUGUGAGGGGUUGGUGUCUCUGGGACGCCACUAGCCCCAACGCGGGGGCUUUGCAUGGGGCCCAGGGGAGGCCUGAGCUUGGAUUUACACUGUAAUAAAGACUUCUGUGAAAAACCCAAAGCUUCUUGUGCUUCCAGCCCCCUCCAGCUUUCACCUUUCUUCACCGAAAAGCACCUAUGUGACAUUCAAGGAGGAACCUUCUCCAUCUCUGCAGAAGAAGCCCCAUCAAUCAUCUGUUUAGAUUAUGAAAUGAUUGAGGGGAGGCCGGUAAGAGACUGCCCAUACCAGAGCUAACCAAGACUUGGCAGCCCCGUUCAAUAUUGUGCUCAAGGCAGACAUCACUAGUCUAUUCCUACACUGCCUGCUAUGCAGCCAUCUCACCAGCAUCCUAGACUCUUGUGUCCAACGGCCUUCUGAAUGACUGCCCCCGCAAACAUACCCAAACCUCUUACUUAUCUUACCUGAUUUCCAACUCAGGGAUGUCCUCUCUGCCCACAUUGUCACCAGGCCUGAGACCCAGGUCUGGCUCUAGACUUCCAUUCCCUCACCCCCACAUCUAAUCAAUAACGAAGCCAUGUCUCUUCUAUCUCCCAAACGUCUGUCAUCCAUCCACUUUUCUCCAAUUGCCUUGGGACCAUGAUGGCCUCUCUGGGCCUCGGGUUCCUAAACUAUAAACUGAGGGAGGAACCUGAGUCCCAGAGAGACCAUGAGGUCUAAAGACCCACAAACCUGGAUUUGAAUCCCAGCUUCACUACCUGCUGGCUGUGUGACCUUGAGCGACCAAACCUCUUGAAGCCUGUUUCCUCAAACGGAAAAGUGUCGCUGUAACCAAACCUACAUGUAAAGCUGUUGGCACAGGGC